CAUACAUACACUUCCUAUCUACUUGAACUCAUACCUCCUACAUACAUCCUCCCAACCAACCAAACAAUAAAUAAAGGGAUUAAAGAAAAUGUCCGCCCCCAAUCCCGGCCGCCAAUCCCCCUCUCCCGAGCGCCAAUCCGGCGCCCAGCAACAAGACCCUCCCUCGCAGGGCAAAGCCCAGCCUCAAUAUGCGCCGCCCGAACAUGACGUCCAGGAUCAGGCGGCCCAGACGGCGAAUUUGUCGAGUAACCCUAAGCAUCCGUUGGAGGAUAUAGAGAGUGCGAAGUUUUCGAAGGGGGGUGUGGCUUAACCUAGCCUUUCUUUCUCUUUCUUCUUCUGGAAGAUAUUUAGGGAUGGGGGUAAAGAACUGGGAAGUGAAAUAAAUGAAUGUAUUUAUG